AGACAGUGCAUCAUGAAUAUGAAGUUAAUUUUAAUCGCAGCUUUGCUGCUUGUGGCUACUACAUACUGUACUGCUGAAGAAGAAAUUACUGAGAAGGAAUUGCAAGAGAUGAUGAAUAACAACUUUGAAAACAAAAACAAAGAGGAUAAGGAAAUUGCCAGAAUGGCCGACGAAGAAUUAAAGCAAGAAGAUUUUGAAGAGAAUUUACAAGAAAUGAAAAAAGCGUGGUGGAGACGUCGUCGUCGUCGUCGUCGUCGUCGUCGCCGCCGACAUCAUUGGCGACGAUACGCCCGCAUUGGUUUCCGAGCAGUUCGCACGGUCAUAGGAAAAUAG